CUGUAGCCUUACAUCUGGACGGACGUCUACUUUUGUAUCUGUGUUCAUCUUGUGUAUUUGCAGGGGACAAAAAUAUUUCUAAACUGCACUCGUCCUGCAGGACAAGUGCAUUAAAAUUUUCACUCGUCCUGCCAACACAUGAUCUUGUCCUUCAAAUAUGUGUGAAAUAAAGAUUGCAAAGGGCUGAUAUGAUUAAUACAGUUUCUUAUAUCACUGCUAAAAUGCUGCUUACUCAGUUAUUCAUGCCAGCUGAUCACAAAAGCAGUGAAAUAAGUUACUUUAUUUAUGAGGAACACAAAUUAAUAAAUGAAGAACAUUUUUUGUUUUCCUUUUUUCUAAUGCUCGUGUGCUUUCCGUUUCGGACGUUUGAACAUCGCUCCCGCCAACUUUAAAGAACGCUCGUUUGUCAGUCCUUUUCUGACGAAAUUCAGACUGGUUUAAAGCCGUUCUUCGGGGUUAAAUAAUUCUUUAAAAAUCAAUACUUACAGUGAAUGCAGUCGGAUGGUUCCCUGUCAACAUGGACGCGCAAAGUUUACACCAAAAAGUCAAUAUUUACUCGGGACACAGUUUUGCAUAACAACGCGCACCUGCUGUAUGAAAUUUACAAUUGCAAUUUCCGGUUCAUUUGCGUUCUACUUUCGGAAUAGAUAUGCUUUAAGACAAUGAUUUUAUUUAAUGAAAACGAGUCUUACUUGUCAGAAAAUACAUAUUUUAUUGUCAGCUUAUUUUCACUCGUCCUGUAGGACGAGAGCUUCAGGAAAAUCCACUCGUCCUGUCAAGAUUUCACUCGUCAAUACGAGCGGACGAGUGGUAUUUUUGUCCCCUGAUUUGUGUCUCCAAACAUGUCCUGAGGGAUCUUGGAACAGAGACAUCUUUAUUUUAGUUGUGUUCCAGCCUAGCCAGUGCACGAGUUCCUGCAUCCGGAGGUAUCUGACCUUGAGGGUACAGAGGAGACGUGCAUUGCGAUCGGGCAGUCGCAGUGAGCAGAGGGACUGUCGGUUCUCGGGCAUCGCUGGGGAUCGCACAGUCGCAGUGAGCAGAGGGACUAUCGGUUCUCCGGCAACGCUGGGGAUCGCGCAUAACCUGCAUCAUACUUUACCGGCAGUGUCUGGUUGAGUUGAGGUUAUAGGGCAAUUUUGUAAAACAUACUUCAAAACCACAUAUGGUUCUUAAGGCACUUUGGUUCCAUGUUUAACUAGUACCAGUACUAUUCUGAAAGGCUGAGAAAAGACACUAAUAAAAAGACACCAAUAAUGGGUCAGCAGUCCAGCAGUCGGUCACCACCCCCCCUUCCCGAGAAGUACAGUCCUCUGCCAACGCCCCGACCAGACCCGAGACAGAUGACACCCAUGUGCCUCGGAGAUGGCUUUCAGCUGGCCGAGCCCAGCAUGGUCAACGAAGAUAAGUUACCAAAUGAUGUUCAAUGGUUGGAUGAUGAAGCAAUUACACUCUUUUAUAAAGCUCUUGAACACGCCAGUGGUUCGGAGGGCUCGGAUGGUAGCUCAUUGAAGUAUUACACGGACGAGUUUCCCACGUUGAAUCGCAAGCCUACUUCACACAAGAGCAAGAAUGUGGACUCACCAUUACCAGGCCCGUACCCAGGCACUGGGCCCAGGGGCCCGGGCCCCCCCAGCUGGCUGUCGACCAGUGGUUCAAUGAGCUACCAUCCGGGCCUUCCGAAGUUCGACACGGACGAGUUUCCCACGUUGAACCGCAAGCCUACUUCACACAAGAGCAAGAAUGUGGACUCAACAUUACGAGAUAAGUUACCAAAUGAUGUUCAAUGGUUGGAUGAUGAAGCAAUUACACUCUUUUAUAAAGCUCUUGAACACGCCAGUGGUUCAAUGAGCUACCAUCCGGGCCUUCCGAAGUUCGACACGGACGAGUUUCCCACGUUGAACCGCAAGCCUACUUCACACAAGAGCAAGAAUGUGGACUCAACAUUACGAGAUAAGUUACCAAAUGAUGUUCAACAGUUGGAUGAUAAAGCAAUUACACUCUUUUAUAAAGCUCUUGAACACGGUAAAGAAAAAGUCAAUCAUGUUCGCCUGAUGGUUGUAGGAUUGUUUGGUGUGGGAAAAACGUCUUUGGUGAACAAUUUGAUUAGGGAAUUUCGCAAACAAAACGAACAACAAAAAACACUCAGCACAGAAGGUAUCGCUAUACAUAGGUGUAAGUUGAUGAUAGAUGGUGAUUGGUGCUUAGAUACAGAAUUAAAAGGGGUCAAGUUUGGGAGUCGCAUUAACGAUUUGCUUGCUGAAAGGGUCACAUCCACUGAGGAUCAUGAAACUCAAACACAAACUGAGCCAUUACAAACUUUCAAAGAAAAAAUAGCCUUGCAUAAAGGAGAUGAAAUUUUACAACAUGGGAUUAAGGUUGCCAAGAAGAUGCUUGAAACUACUAGUGAUAAUUCAGAAAAGAGCAAGGCUUCACUUGAUGAAUCAAAAAAUGAGAUCACUACUAGUGAUAUUUCAGAAAAGAGCAAGGCUUCACUUGAUGAAUCAAAAAAUGAGAUCACUGUGUCUGUAUGGGAUUUUGCAGGUCAGACUCUGUACUAUUCAACACAUCAGUUCUUUCUGAAUGAGAGGUCUAUAUAUUUAGUCGUGAUGGACAUGACAAGAAGUUUGGAAGAUGUUGUAAGUAAAUCAGAUGGAAUUGGAAUUUGGUGUGGUUUGGUGGAUAGUUGUACCUAUUUGGAUAUUUUUAAAUUUUGGCUUAAUGCAAUUCACAUGAACAGUGAUUAUCAAUCUGGAGAAAGGACAAUAAAGCCAACUGUUAUUUUAGUUGGCACGCGGAAAGACAAAAUGAAGGGGAGUGCUGAAGAAAAAUAUCAAAAUAUGAAGUUGUAUUUUGACAAUGCUUUAUGUAGCUUUGAUAAACACUCACCAAUCUUUAAUCACAUUUGUAAAAAAAGAUUUCUUGUAAAUAAUUUGUCUCCAAAGGAUUCUGCUUUUGCAGAGUUACGAAAAGAAAUUAUAAGUUUGGCUGCAAAGCAAGAUUACUGGGACGAAGAAUAUCCAGUUCGAUGGAUUCACAUGGAACGAAAAUUGGACAAAAUGAGAGAUGAAAAGCGGCAGAUAGUUAAAAUGAAGGAUGUUGAAAAAGAAGAUCUUGAAAACAUACAACCACUGGGUAAAGAAGAGCUAACAUCGUUUCUUGAAUUGCAGCACAAACAAGGCAAUAUCAUUUUUUUCAACUCGGGCGAACUAAAGGAUUUUGUUGUUCUUGCUCCUCAAUGGAUCAUUGAAGCUUUCAAAUGUUUCAUACCGCAUAAUCAGGAAAUAGAAGCCACUGUUUUGAAAGAUUGGGAAGAAUAUAAAACAUUUGCAAUUCUAAAAAAAAAUGUUCUGGAUGAAGUUAUGAAAAACAGUCCUUCCUACAUACAUGACUACCGGACUGCUGUUAUAAAUUACAUGGAAUAUCUAAAUGUUAUAGCCAAGCCUUUAACAAGUGAAGAGGGUAUAACUGGAAUCCCGUUAGAUUUCCACAUCGUUCCUUGUCUACUGAGCAGGGCGCCACCGCCACUUCACGACUUUACAUCACCACCUGAUAAACCCCAAACACCAGUUUUAGCUUUUGUGUUUUGCGGAAAGUUUUUGCCCCCCUCUUUUUUCCAUAGGCUUGUUGCAGUGUGCAUUCGUGCUUGGCCUAUCUGCCAGGAACGUGGCCGAUAUUGUUUAUUCAACGGCUUGGCUGUAUUUACUCUUAAUGAUACCUAUACAUUGAGAAUAUGGUAUAUGGAUUACAUUAUUUAUGCAAGGAUAGUUUGUUGCUCAGAAAAUGAGAAGUUAGACAAUUUCAUCUGGCUGUUUCAAGAGGUUCGACAACAACUUAAGAAAAGUUUGAAAGACUUUGUUCAUCAAUCUUCUCCCGUAUUUGAAGAGUACAUUCAGUGCCCAGACAUGAAGGUUUCCUUGCACAAUAAAGGGUUGUUCUUGGUAAAACAGUUCAAGUACAAAAAUGCUAUAGCUUGUCCAGAGUGUAAUCCGCAUGCUGUGACACGAUCAAAUGCUAUGAAACAUUGGUUCAAAGAGAGGUUAGAUCGAAUAGAAAAAGAUGAUGAAUAAUAUGGGAAAAAACUAUUCUAUAGAUCUUUACAAUACUAAAAGUUAAGACUUCCCAUUCUUUCCUUGUCUAGAGAUCAAAGCACAACCACCUCUAAACAGCUUUUACAAACUGUAAAACAAUCUUGCCCACUAGUUACCAGACCUGUUUGGUGGAGGGAAAUUUGAAAAGAUUGCAGAGUAUUUUGUUUAAUGUACUCGUAUUGCUGUAAUGUUCGGGUUGGUUGUUAUGUUACUUCUAAUUGUUGCAUGUAACCUACCAUGUUCAGUUUUGCUUAUAAUUUAGUAUUUUAGUGUAAAUACAUUAUUUUUAUGCCCCCCUUCGAAGAAGAGGGGGUAUAUUGCUUUGCUCAUGUCGGUCGGUCGGUCUGUCGGUCCGUCCACCAGGUGGUUUCCGGAUAACGCAAGAACGCUUGGGGCUAGGAUCAUGAAACUUCAUAGGUACAUUGAUCAUGACUCGCAGAUGACCCCUAUUGAUUUUGAGGUCACUAGGUCAAAUGUCAAGGUCACAGGUAAAGGUCACAGUUACUGGAAAUAGGCAUUUUAAGGAUUUAGCAUGGUUCAAACAAGGGAGACAACUACGGUAAAUGCAUGUUCUUUUUUAUAACAGAUUUGCCUCCCUUUAAUUCAUUCAAAAUCUCAUUUUACAGCAGAGAUUCCAAAUCUGACCUGCAAAUGAGCCCUAUAUUUACUGCCAGUGCUAGGUUACCUUUUCCCAUUUGAUCAUUCUUAAGUAUUGGUAUUGUAAUGCUGCUACUGCUGCUGCUACUGCUACUGCUACUACUACUACUACUACUACUACUAUUACUACUACUACGACUACUACUACUACUACUGCUACUACUACUACGACUUCUACUACUACUCCACCACCACCACCACCACCAGGACCACCACCACCAUUACCACCACCAUCACCACCACCACCAAUUCGACCAUCCACCACCACCACCACCACCACCACCACUUAUUCUA